AUGACGUCACCGUGGCGAGUAGCAGUGGUAGGCGGCGGCAUCGUGGGCCUCAGUACCGCCGUGCGCAUUGCCGAGGAAGUGGAGCCCGGUAAUAUCCACGUGACUGUGCUCGCCGAGGACUUCAGAUCACACACGACGGGCGAUGUGGCGGCGGGAUUCUUCGAUCCUUACAUCAUCCAUGGUGUAUCUGAAGAGAAACUCAGAUCAUGGUGCGUCGACGCGUUCAGCUUCUACCGACACCUAGCGGAGGGCGCCGACUCUAAUGAGCGGGGUCUGGCCAUCAUGACGGCUUAUAUCCUCACGGAAGAGCCCACCCCACGGCCUUCCUACGCCGACGUAUUUUUCCACUACCGAGAGCUGACGGAAAGGGAGCUGUCAUUGUUCCCGAAAAGAUAUAGGUACGGCAGCUACAUGAUUUCGCUGACAAUCGAAUGCAAGAAAUUCCUGCCAUACCUCAUGGAACGUCUUCAGAGCCGUGGUGGGCGCCUGAUGCAGUGCAGAGUCAAAAGCCUUGAAGAGAUUGCAGACAAAUAUGACGUCAUCGUCAACUGCACAGGCUUCGGAGCCGGUGCGUUUGUCCAUGAUCCCAAGGUGCACGCCAUACGAGGCCAGACGAUAAGGGUGCACGCCCCUUGGAUCAAGCACGCCAUCAUCGCGGGGGACCACUUCCAUGUCAUACCAAACAUCGACGACGUCGUGUUGGGCGGCACCGCGGACGUGGACGAGACUUCGCUCAUUCCGGACAGGGACAUCGCCAGUAAAAUCUGGAAUGGCUGCCUGGAACUUGCCCCGAGUCUCAAGAAUGCCAAGGUGAUCGGGCACUUCGUGGGCCUUCGUCCCGGAAGGAAUCCUGUGAGGAUCGAGAGGGAGGAUUUCACCUCCAAACAUGGUGUUGCAAAGGUUCCCGUCAUUCACAAUUACGGCCACGGAGGCUCGGGAAUCACCGUUGCCUGGGGAUGCGCAGGCGACGUCGUUCGCCUGGUGCACGACUCCAUCAGCGAGCGUUCAUCGGACUGGCGCAAGACAGGAGCCAAUUUGUGAUCUGCCGGCCAUCCAAGACUGUGAACCAUGACGAGAGGCGGUUUUGUG